AUGGACUCGUGGUCAUGUGACUUUCUGCCCAACUUUCUUCUACCCCUCACCGCAGCCGUCGCCUGUAACCUUCUCUUACGGCCCGUUGACCUCUACCUCGCCCUCCUUAUCCAAUCUGUCCGGAUGGAACGUACGCUACUAUCCCGCGAUGCGGAGAAAAUUCGUGUCGAAAUUCGUGAGAUGAUACCGGAAGCCUGGUCGGAAAGCCGAUCCGAUGAAAGACAGGCUGAUGUGAUUCGCGAGGAUACAAAUGGCAAUAAACUCUACGGAGGAGAGCAACUUGCGGCCAAAAUCACUCAGUUACAAAAACAAAUGCAAAUUGACCAACCCCGGGUCGAUCAAUAUUAUGCAAAUGCGUUUGUGUCUGCUGCUGUUCCUCCUGCUGCUGUUCCUCCUGCUGCUGUUCCUCCUGCUGCUGUUCCUCCUGCUGCUGUUCCUCCUGCUGCUGUUCCUCCUGCUGCUGUUCCUCCUGCUGCUGUUCCUCCUGCUGCUGUUCCUCCUGCUGCUGCUCCUCCUGCUGCUGUUCCUCCUGCUGCUGUUCCUCCUGCUGCUGCUCCUCCUGCUGUUGUUCCUGCCGCUGCUGAUGCCUCUGCUGCCGCUUCUGCUUUUUUUUCGGUUCCGAUUCUUUCUCCCUCCGUAGUUGAUCUCUUCGUCGUUUCUCCGUCUCUUGCCUUUGUGGUUGUGGUUGUUGUGGUUGCUGCUGCUGCUGCUGCUCUUCCCCAUCGCAUACCGGGAAUGUUCGGACACGCUGUAGCUCCCAGCCUAUCAGGUGAGUAA